AUGCCGAAAAAGUUGGUGCUGCAACGGAUUCGCAAGCGGCCCUCCGACCGCCGGCGCUUGAUUUUCAGAAUUCACAAGCGAUUCGCUAAGGCCGCCCUGAAGAUGUCCAGCAACAACCGGCGGAAGCUCGUCAAGAAGGUCCGCGCUAGGCCGAGGCGGAUUGAGCAGAAGCCGGCGAGAAGCCCAUGCCCCGAUCGAAAGAUUGACGAGCCGUACAGUGAUUCUCAAGACGUGCAAGAACUGCCUUCUGAAAUGCCAGCCAUCCCCGCCACCGAGUCGACAACGCCAAGCAGUUGCCAGGUCUCCCUCAACGACUUCAACCUGCUCACCGUCAUUGGGCGCGGCUCGUACGCAAAGGUAGUCCAGGCCGAGCACAAGCACACUAAAGAGGUCUGUGCAAUCAAGAUUAUGAAGAAGCAAUUGUUCAACGAUGUGGAUGAGGACAGUGCCGCGGUACAGACGGAGAAGAGCGUCUUCGAGACGGCCUCCAAUCAUCCGUUUUUAGUCGGCCUCCACUCUUGUUUCCAGAGCGAUUCGCGCCUAUUUUUCGUCAGCGAAUUUUUCCCUGGUGGAGAUUUGAUGUACCACAUGCAACGACAACGAAAAUUGGCCGAAGAUCAUGCUAGAUUCUACUCAGCCGAAAUCAUCCUCGCCCUCCACUUCCUCCACUUCCGCGGCAUCAUAUAUCGCGAUCUCAAACUCGACAACGUGCUGAUCGACGCCGAUGGCCAUAUCAAAUUGACUGAUUAUGGCAUGUGCAACGAGAACAUCAGCCCCGGCGACGUGACGUCCACAUUCUGCGGAACGCCAAGCUACAUGGCGCCCGAGAUUUUGCGAGGCGAAGACUACGGCUUUAGCGUCGACUGGUGGGCGCUGGGCGUGUUGAUGUACGAAAUGAUGGCCGGCCGAUCGCCGUUCGUUAUCGUCUCGACGGACGAUCAGGAGAGCAGCCAGGAAGCCCUCUUCGAGGCGAUUCUCUGCAACAGGAUCCGCUUCCCUAGCACUCUCACCAACACAGCCAAGGCCGUCCUCAGGGGGCUCCUCAACAAGGAUCCGGGCGAGCGUCUGGGCUGCAAUCGAGACAUUGACCAGUCGCUGAUCGACAUGCAAGAACAUCAAUUCUUCAAGGGACACAUCGACUGGGAGCUGUUGGAACAGCGCCAGGUGAAGCCGCCCUACAAUCCACAAGUCGCCGGCAUACGUGAUCUCCAGCACUUCGAUCAAGCAUAUACGGAUGAGCCGGCCAACCUGACGAUCGAUGACCCCUCCUUGAUUGCCCUCAUCGAUCAGAGCGAAUUCGACGGGUUCGACUAUGUGAAUCCGCUGAAGAUGGACACCGACCACCAGCUGCUCGACGAAAUUUUUUAU